AUCAUCAAAUAUUUGUAAAAAAAAAAGGGUGAAUAAAUUUUGAAAUUGGGUUGUAGAUCUCAUUAAGAAGAAGAGAAAUGGAAGGGACAAAUUCAUUAGGGACAGGAUUUAUGACAGUUUUCGUCGUCUCAGGAAGUAUGGCAUUCCUUGCCCUUCAACUCCACAAACGUCUUCUUUCUAAUUUUAUGAAACGCAUCGAUUUUGAAUUAGGACACGAAAAUUGUGAAUUGAAGAAAAGGGUCCGGUUCGAUGGAAAUACAAGAGAAGAAGCAUCAUCGACCGAAAUUGAUAACAAAGGCAAGUUAGGAAAAAUAUUGUGGUUAAAAAAGAGGUACAAAAACAAAGGAGCAGAGGAUGGCAAUGGCAAUAGUAAUAGCAUGCCUCUAAACAGGUUGGCGUUAUAUAAUGGCAUUCUCAAAUACAAAAUGUUAUUUCCAAAGACAGGUUAUGGAAAUGGAAUCUCCAGAGGAAGGAAUUCAUCUUGUGUUCAUUCUAUUUACUGAUUUUUUUUUUAUUUUUUUUUUUACAUAUUGAAUUUUGUAUAUUUUCUCUUUUUAAUAGGAGCUAAUCCCAAUUCUUGAUUAUGUCCCCUUUAAUUAAGCUAAACUAAGUUAGUAUCCAAUUGUAAAUUCCACCUUUGUUAAUGUACUCCCUCGGUUUUAUAAUACUGAUUACAUG